CCAGGUUUUGCUUUGACGAUGGCGUGGUUGCGUUCUUGUUGACGGUGCGUGCGAGGCCGUCGGGCCGACGAUCAUGGUUACAUAGGAGUUAACGUCGGCCAACUAGGCUCAUCACUUGCCAGUUCAGAGAGCGGCCGCCGAAUGGCGAAAGCGGCUCAGCCGUUCGCCCCGGCGGUUGCCUGUGCGCCGGUCACCAAAGUGGAGAUCAGCGUCUCAUGCAGGCAACUCAAAGACAAGGACUUUUUCUCCAAGUCUGACCCUAUGUGCGUUCUGUUUAUGAAAGAAUCUGACAGUGACACUUGGCGUGAGGUGGGACGCACUGAGACUGUAGACAAUUGCCUCAACCCUGAUUUUGUGACCAAGUUUCUUGUGGAUUACUACUUUGAAGAGCGACAGCAGCUUUUGUUCAAACUGUAUGACAUUGAUAGCCCCAGUGUAGACCUUCAGAAUCAUGAUUUUCUUGGUCAGGCUAGCUGUACUUUGGGAGAGCUCGUUGCCUAUCAGGGCACACAAGUCAAGUUCCAGCUGUCGGGCCUCCCGGGCAACUGUGGCACCAUUUUGUUGACUGUUGAGGAGGUGCUUGACUGCAAGCGGGUAAUUGACAUGCAGUGGUACGCUCAGAAGCUGGACAAGAAGGACUGGUUUGGGAAGUCGGAUCCUUUCCUAGAGUUCUACCGCAUUAGUGAGGACAACACGUACACAGCAGUAUUCCGCACAGAAGUGGUCAAGAAGAGCUUGAACCCGACAUGGCGGCCCUUCGCCAUUCAGAUGCGUCAGCUGAGUGGUGGCGAUGAGGACCGCACUAUCCGCAUUGUCUGCUAUGACUGGGACUUUGAUGGAGGCGUGUCUCGCAGCCACGAUCUCAUUGGAGAGUUCUACACCAACGUGCGCACGCUUGCCGAAGGACCUGGUCCAGCGAACGAGUACGAUCUCAUCAACAAGAAAAAGCAGGCCAAGAAGAAGAAGUACAAAAAUUCAGGUGUGGUGAAAUUGAUGUCCUUUGGAAUCCGUGAAGAGGCCACCUUUCUUGACUACAUUCGUGGCGGCCUGCAGAUGCACUUCACUGUGGCUGUGGAUUUCACUGCAUCAAAUGGGGACCCCCGAGAUCCUGCAUCCUUGCACUUCCUGGACCCAUCGCAGCCGAAUGCGUACAUGAUGGCCAUCCAGGCAGUUGGCGAGGUGAUCCAGGAUUACGACUUCGACAAGAUGUUCCCUGCGCUGGGCUUUGGCGCACGGCUGCCACCCGACGGGACUGUGUCGCACGAGUUCUUCCUCAAUGGCCACCCGACGGACCCGUACUGUGUGGGCAUCGAGGGUGUCCUUGAGGCCUACCGUAGGACCCUGCGGUCCGUGCAGCUGUACGGGCCCACGAACUUUGCACCGGUCAUCAACCACGUGGCAAAGUUUGCGAGGACGUACCGUGACGGCACGAGCUACUUUGUGCUGCUCAUCAUCACGGACGGGGUCAUCAGCGACAUGCCGCAGACUCUAGAGGCUAUUGUGCAGGCCUCCUCCCUGCCAAUGUCCAUCAUCAUUGUGGGUGUUGGAAAUGCUGACUUCUCAGCCAUGGAGGUGCUGGACGGAGACGUGGUGCGAGUGAGCUCGCGGGGCCGUGCGGCCGAGCGGGACAUUGUGCAGUUUGUGCCCUUCCGCAAGUUCCUCCAGGGCGGGCCUUGGCAGAGUAACCAGAUGCGGCUCGCCAAGGAGGUGCUGGCCGAGAUCCCCGACCAGGUCACCAGCUACAUGCUCAAGAAUCACGUCAAGCCCGGGCUGGGCUCUGCCUCCCAGGGUGGGGCCUCCUGAGUGCCAAAAGCAGCAGCGCCACACUGUAGACAAGUAGCCAGCACAGUCUUUCACAUAGAGCUGGUCCACUCUCAACAUGCUAGAGCAGAGGCACCCACACCCCAUCCACUAGGCUGGCUGCAGCAGUGCCAGUUCACGAGGCUGGUCUCGUCGUGACUGCACACACACACAUACACAAAAUACACUUUGUUGUCGCUUGUGUGUCCGGCCGGAGGUUGAGGCACAGGUACGCAACCCGUAUGCUUCGUUGCGAAUUCUUUUGGGCUGCUGUCAAUAGAAUAGGCCAUGCAAAAGUUUUCACGGGCACCUGAAGUUGCCAACAUAUUUUCGAGAUUGACACAACUAGGACUGUAAAACUCCUGCUCAAAGUGUUGUUCAACCUUGAGGGCCCUUCUAACAAAGAGUGAGGAAGGAAGGCUAGCACCUGUCCAUGCAACACUUCAAGCACUAGGUAGUCAACCCUGCUUAUGUCAACCAAGAUUAUUGGGGAACCUGAGUCUGCUGUAUGCGCAUAAGGCACAUGAGCACCUCAGUGUAUUAUUGAUCUCACCAUAUUGAUCAUGAAAAAAAAAAAAAGGCCAAGGUGCCUUUCUUCGUGUUUUGAUGGCAAUCCAAAAGAGUCUUGAAAGGGCGUGUAGUGUAGCUUUGGCCAGUGUUCCACAACUGGUGCAGUGACCAAAGCUCAAUUUUGCAUUCUUGUGCCUUUGCCUUCAGCCAUAUACAAGUUGCGACGAGUUACAGUUAUGUUGAAUAUGCUCAGGGGGUCGAACAAAGGGAGCAGAGGUGUGCCAUUCCUGCAGAGAGCAGGUUGUACAUGUGCCGUCUACCCCAGUGACAGAGGGAUCUAUCAGGCUAAGAGACAGAAACAAUAGGAGUGCCACAACGUGCCAACAUUAGAAAGCAAGCCAAAGGUACUCACUCAUCAGACCUGUAAAAAUAUUAAUUCAAAGUACAGGAUACAUUAUAUGGCUUGCGUGUUUUAGACACCACAUAGGAGCCCUGGUCACAGUUUAGCACAGCCUUUCUAGAGAGAUGGGCAGGUCAGAUCAGGGGGCAGUUCCUUGUCCAUGUUUUCAGACACGGCAGCUUGUGAUGUAAUCCAAUUAGCACCAGCCGUCUGUAGAUAGCUUGCACGGACAUUGCCAUCGCUGCCACAUGGGAGAACCACUGGCAUGGCGACUGCUUUUUAAUCUGAUAAAAGGAAAACUUGGCAUCCACUUGAAUGUAGCACAAGGCUGAAAAAGAAACCCAUACCGGUUCCACAGGAAAGAAAGCUGGCAGCUGAAAGUAAAAUUCAUGAUGGUCCAAAGACAAACCCAGCACCAUCACCUUUUCGUGACAUUUGUCUUGCCAACUGAGCUGACCAUGAGAGAGAAUUAAUUGACAAAAAAUUGAGUCACAUGAUUUGAAUGAGAAAGCAUCAUGACUUCCCUAAUUGACUGGUUAUGUCCACAAUACAUGAUACUAUGCAUUGUCACAUGUCCUUCACAACUCUACCUUAAUCCACCUUGCUAUAAUUUGUACCAACCUUAAUCCAAUUUAAUUUGCCUUCAUUCACUUUACUCCACCUUAAGUCACCUUGCUCUAACUUGUACCAACUUUAAUUAUGUAUUACUACUGAUGGCAUACAAGACACUGAUGACGUCACUGAUGAUGAUGAUCUUUGUUACCACUCGUGGACAGCGCCAACUUUUUUGCCUCAUGCGACAUAUAAUUCUUUCACAUCAAUAAGUGGGUGAAGGCUAGUUAAUGAGACAAGUUCUAGAGAAAUGCAUUAAAUGGGCCCUGACACUCCUUUUCGAAGACUGUAAGAAAACGUUGCAUGUCUGUCAAUGAGGCUCCUGUGAACUGAGCCUAAUAUAGCACUGAAUGCAACAGGAAACCUACAAUCUCUUGUCAAUAGUAGUGAAAGAUUGCUUGCUCUCUCCUUUGCAAUGUCGUCAUGCAAGCAUCAUCACAAGCAGCAGAGCCCACAACAGCUAUUGGCUGAUUUCGUGUUUGUGAGGACAUUCUCAGCAAUACAAUUAUUGCUCAUUUGCAUUAUAUGAAUGAAAAAUGUGUGUGCGAUCUCAAAAAGAGAGAAAAGCCAUUUCAUCAUUGCACUGCCAGUCUACACAUGACAGUUGUGCAUUACUGUGUGUGGCCUCAAGAGGUGAAAAGUGCAGCAUAGAUAUUGCGGCCAUCUCGCUGCCAAGGCUCAACCUUUGGGUAGGGCCAGUGCUCCCUUGCAACCUCUUGCCAUCUCCCCUGUGUAGCUUCCAGCGCGCUAGUGGAAAUGAAAGAGGAGAGAAAGCCGCCGAUCGCUCCGAUAACUACAUCUAACUUUAGUAGUCAAGAGUUUUACGAAAGUUUGUCUAGUCAGGUAACAUGAUGAAGAAAUUGCAGUCACUGACCAAGUCAAGGUGAAAAUAAGACGUUUUUAACACAGAGACGCUAUUGUGAUCAAGAAACCCGCAUGGGUCCCUAGACAUCUGUGUUAUUUUCACGUUGACUUGGUCAGUAACUGCAAUUUCUACAUUUAACUUUGCUUGUGCUUGAAGGAUUAUAAAAAUUUUUGUGGCUGGCAACUCGUGAGGCUACAUAAUUUAACAGUGAUGUCAUUCUACGAUUACUUAAAAAAAAGCAUUUUAGGGCCCCUUUAAGUGGAGGAAAAGUUGGACCCCCCCUAAUGUAGCACAAAGCUAGAAAGGAAACCAACGUGGCUCAAACGAAAAGACGCAUUGAUCCAAUAUGCACAUCUUAUGCAGCCCAAUGGAGGUACAAGCUGCCUUAUUGGCAAAAUAAUGUAGGUUCAUGAGAAAAAUGUGCGCCAGCUCCUAUUGUUUGGCUUGUUAGGUGUACACCAUCCGUUAGCUAUAGUCACAGCCACUGCACUGGGGCAGACACCAUCUUUUUGUUCAUAUGCAAAGGCUAGCACUCUCCUCCCCGUCUGGCAACGCCAAUCACGUGUGAUAUUUUUGUGUCGGCUGCAUGCAGUGGGGCACUCGUAAACAACGAACAAAACUCCCACGAGACCCAGUGUGGUCAGUGCAGGAACCUCCCGCCCCCCCUUGCCAAGAAGGAAAAUGAAUGCCAUGCUCCCUCAAUUCGACGUGCCACCACUGCCUGUGGCAGGUCCAUGUUGUUGUUGGCCUUGUGUUCCUCCAUGCUGUUUUAAUGUAUGGGGCUUUAUACUGACUAUGUUGGAAGCUUUGCUGUUAUUUUUCUAUUGCGCAGAUGAAUCCACCAAGGGCACUGAACACAAAUAAAAACCCACAAGUGUUUUUCUUGUUUGGCAA